UAUAUAUUCACACCCCCAACCUUAUCUCUAUUUCAUUACAAUCGUCAUCUAAUUGUCCUUUUCCCUCUUCAAAUUUUGUCUUCAUUAAUUAUAUACUCUUAUCUUUCUUCAACAAUCCAGUACUCUUUAUAUUUUUAACCAAAUUGGUUUCUGCUUGAACCUCUUCUACUCUUUGUUUUUGAACUUGUUUUGUGUUAUAUAUAUUUUUUUGGAGAAUUUAGGGUGAGAAAAAUGUUCAGGUUGAUAACAGGUAGGCCAGGUCCAAGUGGAUUUGGAUCAGCUUCCACUGCUGAACAAGUUAGUCAUGGCAUUGAUGGGUCCAAUCUCACAGCCAUUGUUACAGGAGGUGCAAGCGGCAUUGGUAUGGAGACAGCAAGAGUUUUAGCAAUGAGGAAUGUCCAUGUCAUAAUUGCAGCAAGAAACAUGGAAGCUGCGAACAAUGCAAAACAGCGAAUUCUUAAGGAUCACAAAGCUGCUCGAGUCGAUGUUGAGCAACUUGACCUAAGCUCAAUUAGAUCAGUCAAGGCAUUUGCUGAUAAUUUCAAAGCACUUAACCUUCCUCUCAACAUCUUAAUAAACAAUGCAGGUAUUAUGUUCUGUCCAUUUCAGCUUUCAGAAGAUGGCGUAGAGAUGCAAUUCGCGACAAAUCAUCUCGGUCACUUCUACUUGACUAACCUUCUACUAGACAAAAUGAAAGAAACAGCAAAAUCUACUGGUAUUCAGGGUAAGAUUGUGAACUUAUCAUCAGUAGCUCACAUUUGCCCGUACAAAGAAGGAAUAAGAUUUCACAAGAUCAAUAACAAGAGCAGUUAUCAAGACAAACUAGCAUAUGGACAAUCCAAAUUAGCCAACAUAUUACAUGCCAACGAACUUUCUCGCCGCUUGCAGGAAGAGGGAGCAAAUAUAACUGUCAACUCAGUGCAUCCUGGUUUAAUAAUGACACCCCUUAUGAGGCAUUCUGCUCUUUUGAUGAGAAUCUUAAGGGCUUUCACUUGUUUCCUAUGGAAAAAUGUCCCUCAGGGGGCGGCUACAACAUGCUAUGUUGCACUUCAUCCAAGUCUAAAGGGGGUCACUGGAAAGCACUACCUUGACUGCAAUGAGCACAAGCCAAGCAAGCUAGCACGAGACGAAGCUUUAGCGCGUAACCUUUGGGAUUUCAGCAACAACUUGGUUAAUGCAGCUCUAAAGACCUGAUUAUAAGUUGAAUGCAGUUGUUGAGAAAGGAAAUUAAUUUAAUUCAUAUUUUAUGAAACUCUUGUUAGAAGUUUGUUGAGUUUUAAGCUUGUUGGUUCUUAAAUUUUAAGCUUAUGUUUAAAAUAUGAA